AUGAGUCAAGCACGAAAUAUAUCCGAUGUCCAGAGACAGAAAAUAGAAGCAAAUCGUGCUAGGGUACAGGAACGUCUUAGGAAAAAGGGCAACCCUGGAGCAACUGCAGACUCUACCAUUGUACCAAAUGCAACGCCAAAAGACAUUUCGGCUUCGUCGACUUCAUCUAAGCGACCAUUUAGUCAGGUUUUGGACCAACCAUCAAUUUCUCUCAAGUCCAAGUUUAUUGAGUUUGAACCGGAUGGAUCUGUUAAGCGUAACAAGACAGCUGAGCAAAUUGAGAAAGUGGAGCAGAAUAGAUUGCGUGCAAUAGAGAUACAGAAUCGAAUUCGAGAUCAGAAAGAAAAGGGGACACAACAACAAGAGCAGAGAAAUAAUAAUAAUAAUAAUAAUGGUGGUGGUGGAGAAAGUACUGCAACUGCUGUCGACAUGGACAACAUUCGAUUAAAUAAAAACAAACAGGAUUUUAUAUUUGAUACUGCUGGCAAAACAAAUAAGUACCAGCCUCCGCCAAUAAAAAAGAAAGAUUAUAUAGAGUAUGACUUUGCCACUAUGCAAGAUUCACGAGGGGGGUUCAUUCAUGACGAGCAAAGGAAACUACACGAUGAGGAAACGCUUCAAGAAUGGAAAGAGAAACAAAAGGAAUUGGAGCGAAUAAAAAAUGCACCACCGCCAGUGGACUUGGAAACGGCGCCGAGAUGCUUUGAGUGCAAUUCAAUGGAUAUUGAUUUGAAUUUGUAUACUAACUUCCGUAAAGUACGGGCAUGCAGAGCAUGUGUGAGGAAGAUGCCGGAAAAAUAUUCAUUAUUGGUCAAGACUGAGUGCAAAGAGGAUUAUCUUCUUACCGAGCCAGAAUUGCAAGACAUUUCGCUCUUACCGAGAAUUGAAAAACCCAACCCACAUGGUUAUAGCAAGAUGCAAUUGUUUUUACGGUUUCAAGUCGAAGAGUUUGCAUGGAAGAAGUGGGGGUCGCCUGAAGGACUAGAUUUAGAAUGGGAAAAGCGCGAGCUGAAUAAGUUGAAGAGGAAAGAAAAGAAGUAUCAAGACGCGUUGAGAGAGAUGAGGAAAAAGACGAGGGCAGAGGAGUACACAAGGAAAUUGAGAGAUGGGAAAGCACUUGAUGAACGGCACGCUCACGACUGGUCAGCUCCACUCACCAUUGGUAAAAACUUGGUUAAAAAGAGAUGUAUAGAUUGUGGCGUAGAGGUCGAAGAAGUAAUUAUAUAG